AUGGUAGCCAAAAGUAGUACUGAAAAGCGUAAGCAUGAGGUGCUGUCUCGGGGAUCAGCUGUAUCAAUUCUUAUUAUAGGAGCUGGAGUUUUUGGGUUAUCAACAGCGCUUCAUCUUCUUGAGAAUGGGUAUAGAGACGUUUCAAUCCUCGAUGCACAGCAAUUUGACAAGAGCAACUAUUCACCUUAUAAUGGCGCCGAUUCUGCUUCCUCUGAUACUCGCAAGGUCAUCCGUGCUGCGUAUGGAUCGAAGGGCCAUUACACGUCUUUAGCAAUGGAGGCCGUGGAGAGUUGGAAGUCGUGGAAUAAAGAAGCAUCACAUCCACUUUUGAUCAAUAGUGGCUGGGCUCGUACCAAUGACAAAGAGGAACUCCUCCCUGUUGAAGUCAAAAAUUUCAAAACCAUGGAGGCGCUUGGGCUUCGUGAGUCGCAGUAUCAGCUGGCUGACACAGCAGAACGUGAGCGUGCAAUUUCUCAAGGGUGGAGCGACACCAAGGUCGAUCCAUUUGGCCGCACGUCAAACGGCCUGCCCCUGGGAGGCGUCUUCGACUCAUCUGCAGGCUUUCUUCGGGCCUCGGAUGCAUGUACCUUCGUGCUAGAGAAAGUGAAACAAUUAGGUGGAAAGACUGUUCUAGGACCAGCUGGGCGCGUGAGCCAGCUACUAUAUGCGUCUGAACAGAAACAUGGAGAUCAGAGAAGAGUUCUAGGUGUAAAGACCGAGGAUGGCAAGCUGCAUCGCAGCGAUGUUGUCAUUGUAGCUGCUGGUGCACACACCCACGUCCUGGUCCCAGCGUCGAGCGAUAUCUUGACAGCAGCGGCGGGUACUGUGGCCCAGAUUAAGGUCCCCAUCGCUCAACAAGAACGAUAUCGACCAGAUAACUUCCCCAUAUCGAUGUGGAACUAUACAGGCGAGGACGAAAGCGGUUCUUUCACGGUUUUUCCUCUUGAUGAAUACGGAACGGUCAAAAUACUUCAUAACGCGCCUCAAUGGAGAAACACUGUAUAUCACGAAGUUGAAGGGGCUGGACCUGCUCAUAUUAAUGCCUUGUCAAUACCUACCUCGUGGUCUUUGGAAGAGCGAACCAAUGUGCCCAAGGCAUCUAUUGAGUGCAUAAAGAGGUUCAUCUCGGAAAAUGUCGCCGACCUGAGCGGAGCUGAAAUCGUCAUGGCAAAAUUGUGUUGGGACUCAAGAUCUAUUGACGACGACUUCUUGAUUGAUUGGGUCCCAGGCUUGGAAGGUUGUAUAGUUGUUUCAGGUGGCUCAAAUCACGGGUUCAAAUUUCUGCCUACGCUCGGAAAAUAUGUUCUUAAAGUGCUCCAAGGUCAGCAUGAUGAGUAUACGAAGCUAUGGCAAUGGAGAACUCCUUCCGAGCGCGAGGUCGAAAACUUCAAGGAUCUUAACUUAUCUUCAAUACGCGCCUUAAGUGAACAGAAACUGAGUUCCUCAUUGCGGGAUUUGGAGUGGUGAUCUGUCAUUGGUUGUAUUUCGAAACUAGUAGUCACAUGUGUAAAAAUGCCAUGCGCAUCUGAUAAACUUGGUACUUUUGUUUUUUUUUUUUUUUUUUUUUUUUUUUUUU